AUGGACGUGGAAAACAUCAAACCGGUCGAUUCGGUCGACCAGAGCGUGCAGGAUGCGCGCGAUCUCGCCACCAUGGGCCACGACCAGGCCCUGACCCGCAAAUUCGAUCUGUGGAGCAUGCUCGCGCUUGCGUUCUGCGUCUUAGGAACGUACUCCACUUUCGCGCAAGGUCUCAGCAGCGGGCUCACCAACGGCGGCCCCAUCACUAUCCUCUGGGGUCUUGUCCUGGUGACCGCGUGCAAUCUCUGUGUUGCCGUGUCGCUGGGCGAAUUGACGAGUAGCAUGCCCACGGCGCUGGGACAGGCGUACUGGGUCUACAGGCUGUGGCAUACGCCGACCGGGCGCUUCGUCUCGUACCUGUGUGCGUGGAUCAACACGUUCGGGUGGUGGACGCUCACGGCGUCGCAGAUUGCGUUUAUGACGGAGUUUCUGCUCGGUAUGAAGGUCAUGUUUGACGAUAGUUGGGCUGGGGCCGGGAUCGGCUGGCUGCAGUUUGUGAUCUAUCUGGGGCUGGUGCUGGUGCUGACGGUGGUGAAUGUUGUGGGCUGUCGACGGGAGAAGGCCCUGCCGUGGUUGAAUGGGUUCGUCGGGGUGUGGUUCAGCGCGCUGUUUGUUGUGCUUUCGCUUGCGCUGUUGAUCUCCGUCGGGACCAAGGCCGAUCUGUCGUUUCAGCCGGGACGGUUUGUCUUUGGGGCGUGGCUCAACCAGACGGGGUGGAGCGACGGGGUGGUGUGGUUUACUGGGUUGGUGCAGGCGGCGUAUGGGCUUACUGCGUUCGACGCGGUCAUCCACAUGGUCGAGGAGAUGCCGGCGCCGAGGACCAACGCGCCGAGGGUGACGUAUCUGGCGGUGCUGUUCGGCGCCAUCACCGGGUUCAUCUUCAUGGUCGUCUGUCUGUUCUGCAUGCAGGACGUGGACAAGGUCGUCGAUUCGCCCAGCGGACUGCCGUUCAUCGAGCUCAUGCUCGAGACGGUCGGCCUCAAAGGCGGCGCCACUCUGCUCGCUCUGUUCAUUUUCAACGGCGUCGGACAAGGCAUCAGCAUCCUGACGACUGCAUCCCGGCUGACCUGGGGUUUCGCCCGGGACGGCGGUCUCCCCUGGAGUCGGUACCUGACGGUGGUCGAUCCCGCCUGGAAGGCUCCUGUGCGCGCGCUCUGGGCGCAGGGGGUUUUGAUCGCGCUGGUUGGCGUGCUCUACCUCUUUGCCAACACCGUCCUCGAAGCGAUCCUCAGCGUCAGCACCAUCGCCUUGACCAUCUCGUACGCCCUGCCGAUCGCCGCACUGCUCUUUGCGGGCCGGGACCAGCUGCCGCCUGGGCCCUUCCGCCUCGGCCGCUGGGGAACGACGGUCAACUGGAUCAGCAUCGUGUACUGUGCCAUCACGACGGUCUUCUUCUUCUUCCCCGGCUCGCCCAACCCGGCCCCGGGAGACAUGAACUACGCGAUUGCGGUCUUUGGGGUGAUGCUCGUGGUGGCGGUCGGGUUCUGGUUUGUGCAGGGGAGUCGGACGUACCUACAGACGGAGGAUGCGAUUGCGCAGCUGAUUCUCGCGCAAGGUUUAGAGCUGGAGCCGGAGCCCCAGAAAAAGAUGUGA